GGGCUGGGCCACGCCCCCUUAAAGGGGAAGCCGUGAAGGUGAGAGGCGAAGGGGAAGCGGCGCGCCGGGAACGCCCGGUAGGGAUCGUGGGGCCCGCGGGCAGGAAGCGACGGAGCCGGAGGAUGGGCGAGCCCGUGACGGACUCCACGCAUGUCCGCUGCCUGAGCUACGGGCUCGUGAGGAGGCUGGCAGACUUCAUCGACCCGCAGGAAGGGUGGAAGAAACUUGCGGUGGAUAUAACCAACCCGUCCGGUGAAAGCAGAUACAGCCAAGUGCACAUAAGGAGAUUUGAGGCAUUUGUACAAAUGGGAAAGAGCCCUACGUGUGAAUUGCUUUAUGACUGGGGAACCACAAACUGUACAGUUGCUGAUCUUGUGGAUCUGCUGAUUAGGAAUCAGUUCCUAGCACCAGCAAGCCUUUUGCUUCCAGAAGCUGUAAGGAUGCCACAAGAAGUUACAUUACCUCUUUCUUCACAGGAAACCUUGCCUAUGCAUGAGAAACAACUACCUGUACAGGAAAAAAAAGUGGCAUCUGUAAAGCCUGUUUUAGCUCAGAGUACUGAGAAGCAUCAUUCAGGUUCUUCCUACUCAAGUGAAGAAAACAGCAGCUCACAGUCCAGUAACACAGAUUUCCAGAAUUUUUUGUUUCAUGACUUGGAAAGCAUUACAAAUAAUUUUGAUGUGCGACCAGAAUCAGCUGGAGGUAAUAAACUGGGAGAAGGUGGAUUUGGCAUUGUGUUCAAAGGCUACAUCAAUGGCAAAAAUGUGGCUGUCAAGAAGCUCAUUGCUAUGGUUGAUGUUAGUGUUCAAGACUUGAAACAACAAUUUGAGCAAGAAAUAAACAUAAUGGCAAAGUGUCAGCAUGAAAAUUUAGUAGAAUUACUUGGUUUCUCAAGUGAUGGUGCUCAGCCAUGUCUGGUGUAUGAGUACAUGCCUAAUGGUUCAUUGCUUGACAGGCUUGCUUGUCUGGAUGAAACUCCACCAAUUCCUUGGAAUAUGAGGUGUAAAAUUGUUCAAGGUACAGCAAAUGGCAUCAACUUUUUGCAUGAAAAUAAUCACAUUCACAGAGAUAUUAAAAGUGCAAAUAUCUUAUUAACUGAUACAUAUGUGCCCAAAAUUUCUGACUUUGGCCUUGCAAGAGCAUCAGUAACAUUCACACAGACAAUCAUGACUGAAAGAAUUGUUGGAACAGCAGCCUAUAUGGCACCUGAAGCUCUGCGAGGAGAGAUAACACCUAAAUCAGAUAUCUUCAGUUUUGGAGUAGUCUUACUAGAAAUAAUAACAGGUCUUCCUCCAGUAGAUGAAAACCGGGAGCCACAGUUGCUGUUAACCAUAAAAGAUGAAAUUGAGGAUGAGGAGGCAACUAUUGAGGAUUAUGUUGAUGUAAAGAUGAGUGACUGGGAUGUACCUUCAAUUCAUAAAAUGUAUUCAAUUGCUGAUCGGUGUCUGAAUGACAAGAAAAACAGAAGGCCGGACAUUAAAAUGGUAUGUAGUCUCAGGAAAAAGGCUUAUUUAGGUGAGUGUGUGUGUGUGUGUGUGUGUGUGUGUGUGUUCCCUGUGUAUGGUUACAGUAUCAGUUAAUUAUAUUUCUGUCUGUUCUUGUCCAGGUCCAACAGCAGCUCCAAGAGAUAAAAACUUGAUAAUGUGUUUCUUCUGAUACACCAAUGUUUCUGUAAUGGAGACAUCAGUACCAAACGUUUAAUCAGUAUUUUGUCCAACAUUAUCAGUGACUCUGCUUUCCAGAACUUUCUGGACACACGUAAAGUGAACUGUUGGCCUGUCAGCAGCUCUUUCACAUUUCCUUUGUCACAGGAACCUUAUUAACAUGGGAAAACUCUUUCUUGUAUUAACAAGUUGCAGUGCUAGUACAUCAUCAUCUCCUGCAGCUUUUUAAAUGCAUUUCCAUAUUUUAAUCUAUUUGAUUCUUUUUAUUUCUAGAUAUCUAGUAUGUCUGCUGCAAAGGCAUAUGACUGUAACUGGUCAGAAUGUUUUUUCUGUAAAUUGCUUUCUUGAUCAGGUGUACUAGACCUUUGUCUAUUGAAGACAAAACCAUUUAAUAGCUAUAAUGGUACUUAAUACUGUAUUUUUGAGAAAUGACAAUAGUAUUACACAGUUUAAACAAGCUUCUACUUAAUAUUUUAGCUUAAGAGUUCAUAUUAGAGUGAAUGGUCUGGUACUCUUAGUGAAUGUGAUUAUUAUCAAAAAGUCUUCUUGGUAUUAGUUUUAGUCAAAUAAAGGCUGCAAGACAUUUUCUAGGUUGUUUUUUCAUUUCAAUAAUUCCCAAGCAAAAUGGUGAUCUUGCUGUGCAGAUGCAUUUACAUUUGCAAAUGCUUUCUUACACUGAACUCCAUGAUGACAAACCAUUUAAUUUUUAUUCACAGGAAGACUCUUAGCUACUUUGACUAUUUUAGGAGGAUUGAGUAUUUUUAGUACUUUAGGAGAGGCUUCUAUAUGGAUUAUAAAUACAAAUGGUUGCUUUUCUUAAAGUGAUCAGAAUAACGAUGUGAAGAUCAAUUCUGCAUUUUACUUAGUCAAAUAAUUAAGCUAUUUUAAAUAUAUAUUAACUAAAUACAAAAACGCACUUCUGAAAGUAUAAAUAGAAAGGUUUUUAAAAUAGAAACAUUGACAGAUCAAAGCAGACUAAAAAUGGAAUGAAAGUGACUAGUAAGAUUCCAGAUACUUUGGAAUAAGCAUGAACAUAUUACCAUUGUAAAUGAAGAUGUUAUUUUCAUAUAAACUCAUUUUGCACCUCAUGAACUUUCUUAAUAGCUUAGGGAUACAAAUACAGUCCAGCCUACAGUUAAAUUUGAAAUUCUGUGAUUGUGUAACUUCAUUCAGAAUAUAUAUCUCAUUGUAGCAAGCAUGUGAUUUCUAAUUUAAUGAUAGCAUUAGAUUUCUGGCUAUUUAUUCAUUAUUUAGAAUUUAGAAAAAAGGAUCUACCUAAUGGCUUCUGGAUUUUUUGAUUAUAAAUUGUAAAAAAGUGUUAACAUUAAAAAACCCUCUGCAUUACUACUUCUUUCUACUAUUAAAACUUAAAGCCUUGAAAAUACUUAUAAUUUUAUGUUGCUUGCAUUUUUGUUAAUAACAUAAUGGUAAUCUCACUGCAUAGAAUAAAGCUGUACAGCUCUGAACCUGGAGAAAAAAAGCUGCUAUAAAGCUAAAUUAGAAUAAAAUCUGCUGAAGCCA